AUGGGAGGAAGAGUAGCAAUUGUAUUCGGCGCCAACGGCAUCAGCGGCGUUGCUCUACUGACACAACUUAUUCAAGCUCCUGCAAGCGAAUGGAGCAAAAUCAUUGCAAUCUCGCGUCGUCCUCCUCAGCUCGAAUUCGAUGAUCCCCGUGUCGUCUUUGCCUCGGUCGACAUUCUCAAAGUGUCCGUGCAAGAGUUCGCCAAAAUCUUGACCGACCACGGUGCAAAGGAAGCGCAACACGCGUUCCAUUACACCUAUAUUGAAAAGCCUACGGAUCAAGAACUUGUAGAUGUGAAUACGGAACUAUUGUCCAAGGCUUUGAACGCGAUCGCUGCAGUUAACCCGCCUCGUUUUGAAACAUUUGUCCUGCAGACCGGCUACAAGUAUUAUGGUAAUGUUCAUGGACCGCCGUAUUUGGCCAAGAAACCCUUCCUAGAAGACGCGCCUCGUUCAGACGUUGCGUCAAACUUUUAUUAUCCCCAAGAAGAUUUGACGAAAUCGAUUUGUCAAGAGCAUGAGUGGCGUUGGAUCAUUUCGCGGCCCAAUACGAUUUUGGGUGUCAGUAAAGGGAACUUUAUGAAUUUUGCUGUAUCGUUGGCGAUAUAUGCAUCUUUGCAGAAAUCGUUAGGCAGAAAAUUGGGAUUUCCGGGUUGCAAAGAGCAGUGGAACGCAAAGAAUGAUUUUUCCACAGCAACAAACAAUGCUGAUUUUCAAGUGUGGGCAUCACUAAACAAGCAAGCAGGAAACAAUGCAUUCAACACUGCAGAUGGCCCUAAGACUCAAACACGCGAUUUGUGGCACAAAAUUGCAGAGUACUUUGGCCUUGAAGUAGUGGCUGAUGAUGAAGUCCAUAAUCUGGAUAUCAAAGCAUUCGAUUAUGCUACUUGGGCCUUUGUUGAUACUAUGAUGGCACGCGGCUGGGAAGAUGAUGGCUCUCAUGACAAGAUGCGCAAAUUCGGUUGGAACAAGACUGUGGAUAGCAUCCAGAGCUUUUACAACAUUUUUGACAAACUGAAGGAAAUGAAUAUUAUCCCUAAGUAA